GGUAAACUCUUUAGCGAGCUACUCAGCUAUACUACCGAGUGUCACUGUGACUAUUACAAAAAUACGGUUGUCUUAGGUAGUUCUUGCCUUUUUGAUAUCAUUAACAGUGAGUACGGCGGGAAAACAAUGCAUUUUGAUCCUUAAUUUUUCGCGUCUUUAUCGUUCGACCAGAGCUGAUAAUGCUUAAAAUGAAGCUGCCCAUAAGAACGGCGGAGGAGGGCGACGAUACGGCCGAGGACGAGCAAGAGCAAACCAAACAUAUACCAAGGUCUGCCUCUCCGUCGUCCUUUGAGAGACCUCGCGAAUGUUCUGGAGAAGGAUACCCUUUCCGACUGACCAAGGAAACUGUGUUCGAAUGGUUUGGCUUACACCUAAACUCUGCGAAGCGUAUUGAGUUCAUGUAUGGAUUGCUACAUAUGUGCCAGCCUCUGGAGCUCCGCUUUUUGGGAUCCUGCUUAGAGGACUUGGCCAAGAAAGAUUACUACGUUCUUCGGGACUGUGAGAUAAGAGCGAACAGUCCGAGUGACAUGGGGCUUUUGUCAAAUGUGAUCGACCCUGUCGUGAGGUCCAAACUGCUAGUCUACUUGUCUCUCCUGGGAUCUGACAAUAGGGAAUGUGCUGGGAUCCUAUUUCGCAUUUUGAACCAUGUGGAUCCCGCCUUGUGCUACAAAAACUAUGGCCUUCCUAUUUCUUCCUUUAGGGACCCCCAGUUUCUACCUUUUCAUUCUCCGUGUGAGGAUGGGGAUGACUACGGGCGGACAGAGCAGGGUUGCAGGCCGCCUAUGGACACAGGGGCCGGACUCCUAGAGCAACUGGCAUUGCUUUUCACUAUGGCUUCGUUACACCCAGCCUUCCCUUUUCACCAGAGGGAGACGCUCCACGGGCAACUGGGAAAAGUGGAACUUGCUAUUGACGAGCAAACUAAACUUCAGAAUAAACAGUCCACUAAUACACAGAACAAUACACUAAGGUCCGAGUGUGUCUCCCCCGUCACAGAGGCUGACGGCACUGAAAGGGGCCAGGCGCUCUUAACCCCCCAGUCCCCCCCCAGAAGAACACAGAGGAAAGCUGUUCAUAUAGAGAAAAUCGUCCUGAAAGGCAUCUCACGGACCAGGUCUGACAGGGAAUACAGUUUUGAGGUGAAGUGGUCAGACUCAACAUCAAGCAAAGUAACGAAAACCCAUCUAGAACUGGAGAACUUCCUGUUAAAGCUUCCGAAGGAGCAGUCGACGGAGUCGUUCGAGAAGAGCAUCCUGCGCCUGCUCAACCAGGGCGAGAAACACGAGCAGCGGGACGUGGAGAGGAACCUCAGGGAGACGUUCCUGUCUGCGCCUCCUGCCUUCCGUCAGACUGGAAAGGUGUGCAGCUUCUUCCUCACCGACUCCACUUCCUCUUCCUCCUCCAGUAACAGCUGCAGCAAAUGCAACCCUGUCCUCCCUGGAAAAGCCUUUGAGGAAGACUGCUCUGAGGCCUCCAGCCAAGAGGAAGAUUCCGAGCCUUACGUCCAGGGUCACAGAAAGAAGCCUAGUAGCAAGAGCACCAGCCUCAGUGCGGUCUCUAGGGGGGGGGUGUCGUGUGAGGCCCGGCGGCCGCAGCAGCAGAGCAGCUCUGAGCACAACGGCCUGCCGGAGUGGAGGAGGAAGAGCAGCACGCACAAACCCAACACGGAGCCACAGCAGCAGCAUGUUGAUGACAGACGGAGCUCCAGCACCAAGACGAAAUCCAGAGCAACCCCUCCUGUCAGGGAGAAAGGGAAGAAAGGCGAGGGGCGAUCGUUGGUGGUGGCCAAUGGCAUCGCAGCGUCUCCGGCCACCGCGAGGGGACGGCCGUCCGAGGGGAAAGGCGUGCGUGCGGACGUGCUCUCGGGACCGGACACGUACGGCGAGACGUCGUCGGAGAGCUACAGCUCCCCUGCCAGCCCCCAGCACGACGGCCGCGAGAGCGAGGACAGCGAGGACGAGAAAGACCGAGAUACGGACAGCCCCUCAGAUGAGUCCACUAGAGCGAGUGGUGUGGAGACCUCCUCUGUUCCCCCCGGGCACCCUCACACUCCUCACCCUCCUGCGCUGAGCCCCGACGGCCCCAUGGUGGCGCUAGAGUACCCCAUGCCCUUCCCCGUGCACCCCGUCCCCUACCUGCUCCACAACGGGCCGGAUGCCCCCGCGCCUGCUCCUGCUGCCGUGCCCCUGCCAGGCCUGAUGCCCGCCGCGGACGCCAAGGGCCUGAUGAUGCCGCUGGCGCCGGUGAUGCCCGGCUUGGCCACGGGGACGCAGGCGGCCGAGGUGCCACCGGACGUGUCCCCGCUGCCCAGCUUCGGCCUCUCGGGAUUGGCCACGAGCCCCUCGCUGCAGGUGCAGCGCUUCAAGACGGCGGGCGAGUCGGGUCCUCCAGCGUCCCAUCAGCCCCCUGUGGGCGCCAUCAGCGUCAACCCGGCCGCCCCCCCCGCCUACACGUCGCCGCUGCAGCCUGCGUACCCCGCCUGUCCUCCCGACCCCCCCGCGCCAUCGACCCUCCCCGCCGACCCCCACCCCAAACCCCCCGCCAUGGGCCUGCCGCCCUCCUACAGCCUGCCCAUGCCCACCUCCGUCAUGCCCAGCAUGCCAACCUCCCUCAUGCCCAGCAUGGGCCCCGGUGGCGUGGGGAGUGCGCUGACGGCCUCGGCCAAUCAGGUGGCGGCGAUGGUGCCCUCGGCCAAUCAGGCGGCGGCGGUGGUGCCCACCCACACCCCUGGCCCCGCCCCCAUCCCAAGCCCCGCCCACAUGACGCACAGCACGGCGCAGAGCGAGAGCACGGCCUACAUCAACAGCAGCGUCGCCCAGCAACAGCAGCAGGGCCCGCCUCCCCCUCCCCUCCCACAGCAACAGCAACAGCAACAGCAGCAGCCAAUGGGCUGUGGCGCUUGUGGUUGCCGUGGCAGCUGCGGUGGUAACGGCAGUAGCCCCAUGAGUGGGGGCGGCGGUGGUGGUGGCGUUGGAGGGCACAUGCCCAGCUACUACUUCUCCCAGGUGGCGCCGGCGAGGCAGGUGUUCCAGCACCACCAGAUGGCGCCGCAGCUCUUCCCGCUGUCGUCCCUCUGCAGUAGCAGCUACCUCAGCCAGGGGGCGCCACCGCCGCAGCAGGCCACCAACGGCCCCUUCUUCCCCCCCGGCCCGGGCCCCGCCCCCGCCGCUACCGCCACCUACCCGGGCGCCGCGCUCCUGCACACACACACACACGCGCACGGCCACGCGCACACACACACACACGCGCACACCCACGGCCACACGCACACACACGCGCACGGACACACACACUCGGAGCACGUGCUGGGUGGCCAGGCGGCGGCAGCGGCUGCGGCGGCGGCAGCUGUGGCGAGCUACGGCUACCAGCAGAUGGCGGCGUUCGGACGCUUCUACCCGCAGGUGUACCCCACCACCAUGGGCCCCGUGCAGGCGGCGGGGGGUGGCAUGGCCUUGGCUGGCGUCGGGGGCAUCAACAAGAAGAACGGCGUCAUCUCCUGCUACAACUGCGGUGCCACGGGGCACAUCGCGCACGACUGCAAGCAGCCCUCCAUCGACGCCGCGCAGCAAGGCGGUUUCCGGCUGAAGUACAUGGCCGCUCACAAUUCCGAAGCACUAGACAACUCGGAAGGAUGAGUCGCCGGACCCAGCAAGCGUCUCCUGUUCAACCCUGACACCCAACUGAGGAGGAGAGAUCUCUCCUGUUCUCCUGUUCUCCUGUUCAACCCUGACACCCAACUGAGGGGGAGAGAUCUCUCCUGUUCUCCUGUUCUCCUGUUCAACCCUGACACCCAACUGAGGGGGAGAGAUGCUG